GGGCUAUGAUUGCAUCAUCAGCUCAAUAGAAGAAGCCUAUCUCAGCAUGCCCACGACACAAAUGAGCUUAAUGUUGUGACCUUACAUGCAAGACAUGAAUAUUCUCAUGGCGGGAAGCAAAGUAUAACUUCGAGAGAGUACCUUGCAGAAAGUAGAUGUUCAACAACAUAAAAAAGCAGGCUUGUAUUGAACAUAAAGUCCCAUAUGCUUUGCCCCUGAGGCCAGACUUCUAAAGGCACAAGGGCCUUGUUGAGACCUACAAAUACCACACAGCAUACCUCUUCCACAACACCCGCAAAAUAAUUUUAGCCUCCAUACUUCCUAUUUCUGCAACUUUCUACAAAGUUUCACCAUGUCAAACUACGUGUGCUUAAUUCUGCUGUCCUUCUUCAUGCUGAUAUCAAUAGCUGCUGGAACUCAGUUUAAGGUAGGAGGCUCAAAUGGUUGGAUUGUUCCUGACAGCAAUGCCAUGUCGUACAACCAAUGGGCUGAGAAGAAUCGAUUUAAAAUCGGUGACUCCCUAUUGUUUGUCUAUCUUCCUGAUGAAGACUCGGUGCUGUUGGUCGAUGCCGAUGCUUACAAUAGCUGCAAUACGUCAUCUUUCGUCGAUUUCUUCAAUGAUGGCAACACUGUGUUCAGCUUCACUCGCUCCGGCCACUUCUACUUCAUCAGUGGAAAGAAAGAUAACUGUGACAAGAACGAGAAGCUAGUGGUGGUCGUCAUGGCUGAUAGGAGCAACAGUUCAAGUUUAGCACCUGCUCCCCUUCCUGCUUCUGCUUCACCUCCACCUUACGGAUGGGUGGUGGAGGAACCAACUGCUCAGCCCCCGCCGCCAAAUGGGGCAUCUUCGAGGGUGGUUGGCAUGGUCAGCACAAUUGGUGCUGUGCUUGGAGCUUUGUCAUAUGCUUUCUGAGGUUGUCUUUGUGUGCGAAGUGAGGAUCUAUCGUGUGAUACCAUUCUAUGAGCUUGAGUUGCAUGUAUUGGAAGUUUGUGGAACUAAAUCACAUAAAGUGAGAGUUUGCUUGUUGCUGCAUGCCAGUUUGAUGCGCCAUUCCUAUGUAUAUUGUUUGAGUUGCUUGUGUCAAAAGUUAUGGAACUAAAUCUUAUGAAAAAUCAAUUGAUGCUGCAGAUUCUUCCUUGAUGAAUCAUGCCUUUUUA